AGCGCUGAAAAGUCUAGAAAAAUGUCAGUAACCAAUGCGCAAGCGCAUGGCUGAACUAGUAGCCCACCUCUCAUUCGAGGCACUCUCGCCAUAGAUGGACUAGGAGUGAGAGCCUGGGCGGCAAUACUGUAUGAAUGGGUGAAAAGUUUACAUCUCUUGCAKGUCUCUUUAUGGCGUAGCCUAUCCUUAAUGAGCACCAGAGACUGUGACUGCCAUGCUCUAUUCGAUUUUAGUCUCAUGGUCUAGUUUCCAAAAUUUUUGUCUACUGUAGAACAGUUUUGAGAAGAUAACCUCAUGACACAUUAGAAGAGGAUAAAAACAAAUUGCUGGGCUGGUGGACUGGACAGAGGGACAGGGGGAGAAUCCGUGAGAAUACUCGCAUGGCACGUAUGGAUUACAUGUAAGGCCAGUGUUGGUUUCGCUGCAUCUCUGGGGGAAAGUCAUCCGAGAAGCGUAUUUUCAGGAGACCAUGGACAGCCUCGCUUCCAUGCCAGAGGGAUUCCGCUCAGCCUGGAUUGAUGUUGGAUUUACCCGGGGCUCCGAGAGCUCACAGCCGUGAAAUUGAGAGUGAAAGACGCGCUAUGAAAUAAUAGGCUAUUUGUAAGAUUGGUGCCAAAUGUAGGCUAUUUAUGUUCUGGAUAUUUGAUAAUGUUUUAUUUUCUCAACAAGCGUUACUAACGCUACUUGGAAUCUUGUGAUCAACUUCAAACAGAGGACACUUUUAAAAGGAGCGCUUUGGUGACAAAUUUGUGGAUCUAUUGAAUUAGGCUGUAGGAUUACCCACUGAAUUCCACUGUCAAAUGAUAGUUUCAAAGUCGUUUGUUUUGUUUCCAUUUUGUCGCCUCGCUCUUUCAUUUCAUUCAUUCACCGUAUCACUUUGUUAACCAGGUUAGAGCCUGAGAGUAAGAGAAAGAAAGCCUCUGUCUCAUAGCGCGCCCAGUGUGCACACGGGCACCAUGGUCGGGAUGUGGGGUGGCGGAGGUCUCCCAAUGUCUGUCACUGUGGUUGUGACUCUGCUCCUGGCUAUUAUUGACGUGAAGGCGAGUGGGGAGUACUGUCACGGUUGGCAUGACACCCAGGGCACAUGGAGAGAGGGCUUCCAGUGUCCGGAGAAGUUCGAUGCUGAGGAUGCCAUCAUCUGCUGCGGGAAAUGCGAACUCCGGUACUGCUGCUCCAGGAAUGAAGCACGGCUGGACCAGGGGACUUGUGACAACGACAAGCAAGCCCAGCAACCGGGCACCGACAGCAAAGAGAACAAGGAGACGGGCGCAGUACCCAUCUACGUUCCCUUCCUGAUCGUGGGCUCUGUGUUCGUGGCUUUCGUCCUGGUGGGUUCCGUGGUUGCCGUUUGUUGUUGCCACUGUCUCCGCCCCAAACAGGAACUGUCGUCAGGGGGCGGGGGAGGAGGCGGGUCUGGUGGCGGCCGUCUCCUGGAGACCAUUCCCAUGAUGGCUAGCGUGGGCACGUCUCGCGGUUCCUCUUCCCGCCAAUCAAGCACGGCCACCUCGUCCAGUUCCUCUGCCCCUCCUGCCCAGGUGCCUCGCCCGGCCCCUCAGCCCAUGAUGCGUGCCCAGGCCUCCUGCUGUCUCCCUCCAGACGCCAGUGUCUUCGUCAACAUGCCGACCAACUUCUCCGUGCUCAACUGCCAGCAGGCCACCCAGAUCAUGCCCCACCAGGGACAGUUCAUCCACCCCCAGUACAUCGGCUAUGCCACCCACCACAUGUCCCCACCCCAGGGGGUCUACCUGGACCCCACCCAGGGGGGCUACAGACAGCUGCAGUCCCCCUACCCCCCACCCACCAGUGUGGCCAGUGUCAACAGCGAGCAGAAGUACCCUCCAGUAACAGUUUAAGCCAUUUUGGGGAC